UUUUCCUUCCCACCAAAAAAUGAAGACUCCCGAGUCGCCUUCCCAAUCGUCGAAUCGCCCCAAUCCCAAUCCACUCCCAUCCGAUAAACUCGUCACCGGAGCCACCUCCAAGAAGCGCCUACGCGCCGCCGCACUCGCCACCUCCUCCUGCGCUUCCAUCAUCAUCGACUCUCCCAACUCCCACACCGACCUCAUCAAACCUGACCCCAUCCCCCACGACCCUUCCCUCCCUUCCUUCAACCACCCCGCCUCCGCUGACGUCAUCAUCCGCCUCUCCCUCGACCCCGCCUCCGACCACUCCCCGGACGACGUCGUCCUCUACCUCCACGCCGCCUGCCUCCGCCGCUGCAAAUACUUCGCCGCGCUCUUAUCCGACCGCUGGCAGCACCACCACGAAAACGACGCCGUAUCCGCCGCCGCCGCGCCGUAUCGGAUCAAUCUCGAGGUCCCGCCGGCGCCGGGAGCCAUGGAGGCCCGAAUUUCCGUGCUGCGGCUUCUCUACUCCGACGACUUCGCCUCCGAGAUCAACACCGCGUCGGCGGCGAUCGAGAUCCUUCCGGUGGCUCUGGAGCUUCUCUUCGAGGACUGCGUCCGGCGCUGCGUCCGGCUCCUGGAGGCGGUGCCGUGGACGGAGGAGGAAGAGAGCCGCGUCCUCGCCUUGGUGCCUCUUCUGAGUGAAGAAGAAUCCAAAGACCUCAUAGCUAGGGUUUCAGGGACUAACAACUCCGGCGAGGAAAUGCUCUACGGCUUAAUCACCUCCGUGAUUCACAAUCAGAACAUGGCGUAUGUGAAGGCGUUCGUGGCCAAGCUGCUCCGGGAAUUCUCCUCCCGGAGCUCGGCGGAGCGCGUGCUGGAGAGGGCCUUUCAGGGGACCUUCAAGGUGGUGAAGGAGUCGAUGGAGGACUACACAAGCCCCGGAGUGAGGGGAGACCACAACGAGACCGAGGCGAUACAGAGGCUGAACUUGCAUACGGCUAUGACCAAUGGGAGGCACCUGUUGUGGCUGGUGGAGAGGAUGAUUGAGCUCAGGGUGGCCGACGCUGCCGUGAGGGAGUGGAGCGAGCAGCCGGCUUUUACUGCGGAUUUGCAGAGGGCGUUUAGGGAUGAUGCGUGGAGGAAUAUUGUGCCUGGCCUUCCUGGUGUGUUGCUACGCUGCACUGCGAAGCUUGCGAGUGCGAUGGCUUCCGGUACCAUUUUGGUUGCUGCCCAGGUCCGGAAGAAGCUUGUAAAUGAUUGGCUUCCAGUUCUGAUUGUUUGCAAAGACAAUAUAUCACCUCUGACGCCAAAUAACAGACCCUUAUACCUGGACCUGGAAGAGACAUUCCUCAAAAUCAUCUCUACACUGCCAAUGUUGGAUGCACAAGAGUUGUUGCAGCAGUGUCUUGGCUUCUCAACCCGGAACUAUGAUGAUUGCCCUCAUUUGGUCAUGGCCUUCAAUACCUGGUUCCGCCGUGCUGCUCGACCCUCUCAAGGAAUCUAGUGUUUAACCUCUUGUUAAUAUAUAUGAACCAAGUGCAUCUUUGCCCUCUUGUUCUUGUGGAUAUAUUUAAGGUUAGAUAUUAUUAGGCUGUUUCAGACGUUGUGAAUAUUAACCUAUCGUCGUAGACAGCCAAACUCAGCGGUAUAUAAACCUCAGACUUUUUACA